UUCUAGUUUACUUUUCAUCUUCUAUCACAAUAAAAAUGCCAGCAAACUGUUAAGUGAAGAGAACAAAAAGUAACCAAGCAAGCCAAGCCGUGUGUAUUUGCCUACUGCAAGGGCCCGCAUUAGAAGCCGGUGUGGUUCUGUGCCAGGUGGAGCCCCUCAUCCCAACGCUGCCCACGUGCCCCCACGGCUGCUAACGGUCUUGAAGUCAGCUGUGCUUUCUGCGCUCAGACCAAACCAUGCGCCUGCUCUUCAUACUCGCUGAGCUUACCAUUCUGGUUGCCCGCCUCGAUUCGGAAGGAAUAUGCCUGCAAGUCACAGUGCCAAGGAAGAUAGAGCCACGCAAGGGCGGAGAUUCAGAGGGGAAGGUGACUUACGUCGUUACAAUUGAUGGGAAGCCCUAUUUUCUGCAUCUCAAGAACUACUCAUUCUUGUCCCAGAAUUUUUUGGUUUACACUUAUAAUGAAACUGGAUCUCUGUAUUCUGACUCGUCACACUUUAUGACACAUUGCCAUUACCGAGGAAAUGUUGAUGAAUCUUCAAACUCCACUGUGACACUCAACAUCUGCUCUGGCCUCAGGGGGUUCCUGCAGUUGGAAAAUAUCAGCUAUGUGAUUGAACCACUGGAGUCCUCAGCAAGAUUUGAGCACAUAGUUUAUCAAGUGAAAAAUGACAGCCUAAUGUCAGCAGAAAACUACAGUCGCAUUUGGCAAGCAGACCAGCUUGAUAAAGGUCACAUCAAUGCACAGGAUAAAAACACUUCACAACAAUUACCUCAAAGUCUAAAAUUGCACAUUAUAGUGGGAAAAUCUUUGUAUGAUUAUAUGGGAUCUGACAUCAAGGCUGUAACACAGAAAAUUUUCCAGAUUACUGGGCUUGUCAACACUAUGUUCAGCCAGCUGCAAUUGACGAUUAUGUUAGCAUCCUUGGAACUGUGGUCAGAUAAAGAUCAAAUUUCUACUGACGGAGAUGCUAAUGAUAUUUUACAAAGACUUUUGGGCUGGAAAGGAGACUAUCCUACCCUACAGUCUCCCCAUGAGAUAACACACUUGCUUAUUUACAGGGAACAUCCGAGAUAUAUUGGAGCAAUAUCACCAGGUGGAAUAUGUGAUCAAAGCUAUGCUGUGGGUGUUGGUAUGUAUCCAGAAGACAUAGGUCUGGAGGGAUUCUCAGUGGUUAUUGCUCAACUGAUUGGCCUUCACAUAGGAUUAACAUACGAUGAUGUCAACAAUUGUUCCUGUCCCAGAACUCCAUGCAUAAUGCAACAGGAAGCAUUGAGUUCCCGCGGAAUGAAAACUUUUAGCAACUGUAGCAUGCAUGACUACAGGCAUUAUGCUGCAAAUUUUGCGGUGAAAUGUCUUGGUAACAUUUCAACUGUGCAAGUACUACAGCCAUACCAGCCCGUGUGUGGUGACGGAAUCAUGGACGCUAGUGAAGAGUGUGACUGUGGUAAUGACACGGAGUGUCAAUUUAAAGAGUGCUGCAACUAUAAAACAUGUAGACUGAAAGCCUCAGCACAGUGUGGAUCUGGACCAUGCUGCACAUCCAACUGCGAGCUGUCUGCAGCAGGCACUCCCUGUAGGAAGGCUGUUGACCCAGAGUGUGAUUUCACAGAAUAUUGCAAUGGAUCCUCUAGCCAGUGUGUCCCUGACACCUACGCCUUGAACGGGCAUGUGUGCAGGCUGGGGUCUGCGUAUUGCUUCAACGGACGAUGCCAAGCUCUUAAGGACCAGUGUGUCAGUUUGUUUGGAAAAGGAGCUCAAGGCGCUUCCUAUGCCUGUUUUGAAAAAAUUAACUCACCACGUGAAAAACUGGCGAACUGUGAUUUAAAAAAUUCAUACUCGUUACCUUGUGGACAAAAGGAUAUUCUCUGUGGAAAAUUAGCUUGUUUCCGGCCACGAAAGAAUUAUAAAGGCACUGCUCGAUCUGUAGUGUAUUCGUAUGUCCAUGACAGCAUGUGUCUGUCCAUACCUCCUGGGCUGUCCAUGAGAGCAGAUGGAAAAGACAGUGCAUACGUAGCCGAUGGCACUGUGUGUGGACCACACAUGUAUUGUGUGAACAGAACCUGCCAAGAAGUGAGCUUAAGAGGAAGCGGCUGUGACUCCACUAAGAAGUGCAAAGGGAACGGGAUAUGUAAUAACUUUGGUAAUUGCCAAUGCUUUCCUGACUACAGGCCUCCAGACUGUAACUUACAGAUUGGAUCACCAGGGGGCAGCAUUGAUGAUGGAACCAUCAGGAGAGCUGACUUAGGCUUUGGUACAAAGCACGCAGGCAAGCAUCAGGACAGCUGGGCGAUUCUGGCCUUCUUCAUUUUCCUGCCUUUUAUCAUAACUGUGAUAAUCAGGAUCCUGAAGAGAAAUGAAAGGAAAAUAAUGCCUCAGACCGAUCACCAAAUAUGAUGGGUAAAUAUAGCCUGUGGUGCUAACCUAUGUGGUUAAAUAGAGCUGUGUUUUUAAUGGUUUUGUAACUCCAUAUUUUAUG